AAAAAUGCAAAAAAAGGAGACACGUGUCAAAAUUUGUUUGGUAGAGUUCAUGCAGACCAUACCGUGCGGCUUUAACAAUUAUCCCCCUCCCAUUCUAUAUAUUCUCUUUCCAUUGCAAACUUUCUCUUCAACUCCAAAAAUAGAAACUUUCUUCAUAAUUCUUCGCACUUCAAUUUCCCUCUAAUCUUCAAACACUUCAAUUUCCCAAUCUAAUGGCUAAAUUGGCUGUUUCUGAUGACCGAGAUCUCAACCUCCAAGCCACCGAGCUCCGCCUCGGCCUCCCCGGCUCCGACCAGCCCGACCGCCGCUGCGGAUCGCAGCCUAACAAGAGACCCUUUUCAGAGAUUGAUAAGGAAAAUGACAGUCGUGUCUCGGAUGCUGAGAAUGGCUCCGAUCAGAGCUCGCAACCUCCUCCCUCCAAAGGGCAAAUUGUUGGAUGGCCACCGAUUCGAUCGUAUCGAAAGAAUUGUUUGGCUGGAAAGAAAAGCGAGGCGGAAAGUUGCAACGGAGGGUACGUGAAAGUGAGUAUGGACGGAGCUCCAUACUUGAGGAAGAUCGAUCUAACCAUUUACAAAAGCUACGUGGAGCUUGUAAAAGCCUUGGAAAACAUGUUCAACUUCAAUCUUGGCGGUUACUCUGAGAAGGAAGGUUUCAAUGGAUCCGAUUACGUUCCAACAUACGAAGAUAAAGAUAGCGAUUGGAUGCUCGUAGGCGAUGUCCCAUGGGAAAUGUUCAUCUGUUCUUGCAAAAGGCUGAGAAUCAUGAAAGGAUCGGAAGCCAAAGGGCUUGGACGUUUAUAAACUUCCAUUGAAGCAACUUGACAGCUAACAAGAGAAGAAUGUAAAGAACAAAGAGAUUGUUUUUUGUUUUUUUAGAUCUUUUCAUUGCAAAAGGAAUUUAGAUCCAAAUUGUAUUGAGGGUUAUCCAUUAUCCCAUAUACAUUUGACACACUUUUACUCAAUCAUACGUUCAAAAUCUAUUUUGGGUUCGAGAAUUUUGGAAAUUGAUUACUUGUAUACUCUCAUCUAUACGCUUAAACUUUUGAAUUUAUCGUGUCGAAGAUUGGUGUGUGAAAGUCUUUGUAUUUGUGUUCGAACUAUUGUAACUCUUUAUGUUUGUGAAAUUCUUUGGAUUGAUUUGUAGGUUAAUGAUGUCAUAUGAUAUUGGAUCCGUUCAAACAAACUCAAAUUUCUUUGAAUUUGUUUAGACAAAUAAGAUCAAGUGGUUUUAUUUUA